AUGAAAGAACUCCUUGGUAUCCUUCGUGUUUUCGAAGACGGCCGAUACGAGAGAAUUGAAGUUCACACUAUUGUUCCCGCCGACAUCGAUCCUUCCACUGGCGUGAAUUCUAAAGACGCCGUGUAUUCACGGGAAACCAACAAAUCCGCUAGACUUUACCUUCCAAAAACCGCAAGCCCCAACCAUAAACUCCCGCUUUUAAUCUUCUAUCACGGCGGAGGAUUCGUUGAUGAAUCUCCUUUCGACACGACUUACAAUGACUUCCUGAACCUCGUCGUCUCAGAUUCCAACGUCAUCGCUGUCUCCGUCGACUACAGACUCGCGCCAGAGUUUCCUGUCCCGAUCGCCCACGAAGACUCCUGGGAAGCGAUCAAGUGGGUGGCGGAGCAUGCUAAUGGGAAGGGUCCGGAGCCAUGGUUGAACGAAUACGCAGAUCUUCAAAACAUCUUCCUCGCCGGCGACAGUGCCGGAGGUAACCUAGCCCACAACAUGGCGGUUCGUGUCGGGUCGGAUACCCCUGCCGGUUUACAGUUCAAGGGUGUUAUCUUGCUCCACCCAUAUUUCUGGGGCAAAGAACGGGUAGGGACCGAGUCCGACUGGAUGUCACCCGGAUUAAUCGAUAGUGUGAAUGAAUUAUUGGCUCUGGCUUACCCAGGAAGAUCCGGGAUGGAUGACCCGCUGAUCAACCCAGCUAUGGAUCCAAGAAUAACGGGUAUUCUUUGCUCCAAGAUACUGCUUUGCGUCAGUGGAAAUGAUUUUAUGAGGGAUAGAACAAGAAACUAUAAAACGCUGAUUGAAAAUUGUGGGUGGAAAGGAAAUGUAGAAGUGGUGGAGGACAACGAGGAGAGCCAUGUUUUUUUCUUGAAGAAGCCUACCUCUAAAAAUGCUGUUACUUUGCGCAAUAGAAUCUCUGCAUUUAUCAACAGCGCUUGA